AUGUGGGGGGCCGGUGACUGGAGCUGGCACUCGAAGGGGAUAAAGACAAUCCCUCAGAUCAGCUACGCCUCCACCGCCCCGGAGCUCAGCGACAACACCCGCUACGACUUCUUCUCGCGGGUGGUGCCUCCGGACUCGUACCAGGCCCAGGCCAUGAUGGACAUCGUCACGGCCAUGGAGUGGAACUAUGUGUCCACGCUGGCCUCCGAGGGUAACUAUGGAGAGAGCGGAGUGGAGGCCUUCAUUCAGAUCUCCAGGGAAACAGGGGGAUGUUAA